UGUCAAAAAAUGACUGAUGAUUUUUGUUCUUCAUGAAUUUUUUGCGAAGUGUCUACGUGUGAAAUAGAUAUUUUAAUCAACGUAAUUGCAAUGUCGUUUUCAGAUUUAUAUGCUAAAUAUAAUUGUACAUAUUGUCAAGAGGAAAUAAAUGGAGUCCGUAUAAGAUGUGCUGAGUGUUUAGAAUUUGAUAUCUGCUUGCAGUGUUUUUCCUUCGGUGCUGAAAUAGGAUCACAUAAAAAUGAUCACUCAUAUCAGUUUAUGGACUCUGGUGCCUUUGGUAUAUUUUUGGGACGCAGCAGUUGGUCUGCAAAUGAAGAAGUUAGACUGUUAGAUGCAAUUGAACAAUUUGGUUUCGGAAACUGGGAGGAUAUUGCCAAACAUAUUGAAACACGAACUCCAGAAGAGGCCAAAGAUGAAUAUAUCACGAGGUACUUGGAGGGUAGCAUUGGACGGGCUACAUGGGGCAAUGUGGAGAGCACAUCUCGCCCAUCACUACACUGUGCAGAGAGAGACGAAGGACCACUUGGUCCAAGUGCAGUGUCACGGCUUCCACCUCUUGCCAUCACAACAGAAGAAGCAACACAGUUGGGUUAUAUGUCCAAUAGGGAUGAUUUUGAAAGAGAACAUGACCAUGAAGCAGAACAAUUGAUUUCUGCUUUAUCUCUUAAUUCUGAAGAUGAUGAGCUAGAUGUUGCUUUAAAACUGUCACAAGUGGAUAUUUAUACAAGGCGCCUGAGAGAGAGAACAAGAAGAAAAAGACUGGUCCGAGAUUUUCAGCUAGUUUCUAUGUUUUUUAACAAUCAGAGAAACAAACAGAGAACAUUAGGGAAACUUGCCAAAGAAAAAAAAGAGUUCACGGAGCGUCUGCGGUGGACGGCGCAGUUCUACGGGCGCGCGGAGCAGGCGGGCGUGGUGGGCGGGCUGUGGCGCGAGCGCGAGCUGCGCGUGCGGCUGGCGGAGCUGCACCGGUACCGGCUGGCCGGCGUCACGCGCCUCGAGGAGUGCGCCCACUACGACCAGCACGCCGCGCUCCGCAAGCACCCGCUCCACGUGAGGCCCCGCCUGCUGGGCAGCAGUGGGUGCCUGGACACCAAUCAGAUAAAAGAGCAAACGCAGACCAACACGCAGCAGCAAAGAAAAAGAGACGGAGAAAGCGGCUCAAGUUCCACCAGCCCAAGGUGCACACGGGACGGAAGUAUCGCAUGUGGAUGCUCCAAAAAGAGCUCAUGCAACAACAGCAACGGCGGAUGCUCGAGGCAUCUGCUGACCAAUAAUGAAAUUCAGCUGUGUGCCUCGCUGAGUCUGGCGCCAGCGCAAUAUGUGACCAUCAAAGGAGUGCUGCUGAGGCGGCCGCCCGCUCCUGAUUCCGACAUCGAUCUCGCUAUUCGACACUACCUGCACACCGCCGGCUGGAUACGUAACUAGCAUAUUAUUUAACUUAAGAUUGUUAUAUUGAUUAUAUAAAGUGCUAGCUAUACUUAUGAGCACCUAUGCAAAUUUAGUGCAAUGUGGCUUAUGGUUAUCUGGAUCUCAAGAAUACCUACGACUUUAGGAAUACAUAUUAUUUUUUAAUAAUGUCAAGGUCUACAAAUCUAUGACAUACAUUUUAUAUUUUAUGCAAAAUUGAUUAUUUUCGGACUUGAUUCUUUCGUUUUCUUGAUUUUGACGAAAUUAGCAAAAAUCACCAUCUUUAUUUUUAUUAUGUUUCCGUUAUUUCGGCAGUGUUUCUACCGCCCAUGAUCACGGGUUUUCUUUCAUUGUUAGAAGAAAAAUCUGAUAAACUCUUAGUAAAAAUAUUACAUAUUAUAUACCUUUAGUUUGUUU